UUGCUCUCGAACUUGAAUUGAGGGAAGAGAGGCUAAGGGAGGCUUCUGUGCAUGGUGAUUGUAAUACCGGUACCAGUAGCUUUGCUUGCUUUGUUUUUGAAAUCAGAGAUCUUAUUAAAUUACUUUCUACUACUCCGCAGCCUGAUAUUAACAGUGCAGACGAGAAAGGUAGAACACCUUUACAUUUCGCUUGUGCUGGUGGACAUAACGAUUGUGUCAAGCUAUUAAUUGAACGUGGCGCAAAUGUUAAUGCGGAAGCAGACAUUGCUGGAAAUAGACCUUUACAUUUGGCUGUCAUUUCCAAUAAAAUGGAUUGCGUGAUAGCGUUAUUAGAAGCAGGUGCAAAAAUAAAUAUGAAUGAUGCAUUUCAUCGUACACCGUUAUCA